AUGGCAACCAACAAGAUGUCCUCCUCUGCUGACGCCCCCUCCGCUGACACCCCCUCCGAUAAAACCAUCGAUCUAUGGGCAUACAUGGCCUGCAAAAACACCCACGGGCCGCGAGUGCGCCGAUACCUCACCGCGCGCGACGAAAUCCACUGGGGAUGCCUCGAGAUCCACGAGAAAGAGCCUACUCUGAAGCCCGACGACAAUGGUAUUCUCUUGCAGGUUAGAAUCUGGGCUGAUAUUCCCAAGGGAGACUGGAAGGAGACGAUAACGGAGGCGGCGUAUAAUCAUGUUGAUGGAGUCAUUAAGAAGGAGUUGAAUAAGAAAGAUGGGUUGGAGAAGUUCAAGAAAGAUGGAUUGGAGAAGUUUCUGAAGGAGUUGGAGGAGAAGAAGUCAGCUAGUUCUUAG